CUCCAUGAUAGAGUAAGAUGGAAAGGUUGGUUAGUUAAGGUAUCUACUACCGCCGGCUUCAUCAAUAAUGUCGCUUUUAUCUUUGUGGAGUAUGCCUAGCCACAUACAGUGCUAGAACUCAAAAACUCAGCUGCAGGGUCAGCAUGCGCUCGUCCAGGUUCGCCCUGGCUUCUGGUAAUAUAGGCUUCCCGCGAGACGUGUAAAUAUCUUAAGCUGCAUACGAAGUACCCAGUUUACGGUGUGCGUUCUCGCCCUACCAGUAGGAAGCCAUUCUUCCAUCCUCUUUCGUAUAGAUGUUACUGUUCCUUUGCAUAUGCUAACAGCACAAGAACUUGUGAGCGUUCCUCUCGUGAUGAAGUGCAGCCGGACAUAUAAGCCAGGUCAUGAAGAGGCAGACGAUCUCAAACUAGUCAUUCACCUACUACUACAACAAUCCACACCAUCAUGAAGUGCCUCUUCCUUGUUCUUCUCGGACUUUCGUCCGCCGCCUCCAUUAAGCGGCAAUGGAGCUGUCCAGCCCUUAUUUCUGACUGCACCAAAACCUACCUCGUCGUAGGCGGUGACACUUGCGAAACGGUAGCCUCGAGGAACGGAAUCACUACAGCGGAUUUCUUCAGCAUGAAUCCAUCCAUCAACUCUGGCUGCGGCAACAUGUACGCCGGCUGCGCAUACUGCGUCUCAAAGAUCCCCGGCCAAACGUGCCCAACAAACUACAACGCCAAUUGCGACCAAUUCUAUACAGUCGCAUCCGGCGACAUCUGCUACACCAUUAUCGCUAAAUACCCACCCCUCACACUCGACAACUUCUAUGCGUACAACCCCAGCAUCAAGAAGCCUGAAUGCAACAACCUGAUGCCGAACUGCAAUUACUGUGUCCACAUUCGCACGGCUGUCCCUGAUCCGCAUCAGCCAAACAUCAAGACAGAUUGCCAGUUGUACUACCAAGCCGUAGGUGGAGAUUAUUGCUACCUCGUUGCCCAGAGGUAUAAUGUGAAUGUCAACGACUUCAUGAGCUGGAAUCCAGAUGUGGGGCCACCGACUUGCCUGAACAUGCUUGCUGGAGAUUGGUAUUGCGUGAAGCCUUGAGAAGUAGGAAUAUGGGGAUGGCUUUGGGAAAAGGGUUGAUUGGGUGGAUGAGAAUGCAUAAUUUGCGAAUUUGGUGCCGUGGAUUUGCUUUAUUGGCUGGAACGGUCUUUCCUACUUGAUAUAAAAUUUGGUUUAUGCUACUAUAAUGAUAACAGAAGAGGUUUAAGGCCCUCCCAAUCUGCUCAGGUUCCAAGGAAACAAGUUAAGCG